AUGCAACGAUUUUUAAAUCAACAUAUCUAUGAUUUGGAAAUUCACGAUUGUCAACAAGAAGGUAUCGAUACAGUUGAUAUUAAUUAUUCAGAUAAUCAUCUUGUUAUUGAAACAUUUUUAAAUAAACACUCAGGUAUAUUAGCUAUAUUAGAUGAAGAAAGUCGUUUUCCACAAGCAACAGAUCAAACAUUAGCCACAAAACUUCAUCAUGGACCUGGAGUACAAUUUCGUGAUAUAUAUUCAAUACCAAAAGACGGUGGUACUACAUUUACUAUACGUCAUUACGCAGCACCUGUUGUAUAUAAUAUUGUUGGAUUAUUAGAAAAAAAUCGAGAUUUUCUUCCUAAUUCAAUUGUUUUCGUUGCUCGAACAAGUAAUAAUUUAAUAAUUCAAGAAUUAUUUCGUUUAAAUUUAAAUGAUAAAGGUGUUUUACCAUCAUCACCAUCUUUACAUCAUCAUCAUCCGAAUACGUUUCAUGCUAAUAGAGAUUCUAGACGAAAUGAUCCAUUAGUAAAUCAUAAUGGCAGACAAUCAUCACAUAUGCCACAACCAAUUAGAACAUUACCAGAAAAAACAAAUGGAAAUACUUUUGAAAGAACAGGUGGAACAGCUAUGAGAACAGUAGCUUUUCAUUUUAAGCAUUCAUUAUCAGAAUUAAUCGAUAAAAUGUCCGUUUGUCAAUGUCAUUUUGUUCGAUGUAUUAAACCAAAUGAACUUCGUGAUAAAACAACAUCACUAACUGUUCCUUGUGUUACACGUCAAUUACGUUAUUCUGGUGUUCUUCAAAUGUGUGAAAUUCGAAAGAAAGGAUAUCCAUUAAGAAUUCAAUUUGAUGAAUUUCUUCAUAGAUACAAUGCUCUCGUUCUAUGUCUAUUGCCGAUUACUACCGAUGACCGGUCAAAAGAGUUAUCAUUAUCAUCACUAACAUAUAGCCGUGAUCGAGCCAUUGAAUGUUUAAAACGGGCCGGCAUUGACAAUUAUAAAGUUGGUCGUACAAAAUUACUAUUUCGUUACUGGCAUUCGGAUCAACUUCAUAACUUAGCUGUAAAAUACGAGAAAAAAGUCAAUGUUUGUCAGAAAGUCUUACGUGGUUGGUUAGCUCGACGUAAAUAUAGUCGUCUUCGUGAAAUUCAUCAAUUACAAUUAGUAUUUAUAAGAAAAUUUUGUGAUGAUAUUUCUUUAACCGGUCAAUUAUAUAAAACUAAAAUGGAUAAUCAUUGUCAAUAUGAUAAAAGACGUAAAAUAAAACAACAAGUUCAACAAAAAAAUACUGAUGCCGAUGAUGAACAAAUUGAAAAAACAUUGAAUUUUUUUGAUUCAAUCAUUGAUCCAUAUCUUAGUGAUCAAGAUACAAGUGAAGAAAAUAAAAAUCGACGAUUAUCAAAUACAUCUACAAAUAAUCAUCAAACAAAAACAAGUCAUUAUGUUAAUGGAAGUACAGUUCAACAAGUCAAACAAGAAUUCGAUGGUAAUCUAUCAAGUAAUACAAAUACAUCAACAUCAUCUUCAUCAUCAUCUCAAAAAGUUCAUCAACGUCCAGUUGAUAUUCACGCUUCACAUUUUCAUCAAUUUCAAAAUAUACGUUAUCGUUUUGAACAAAUGACAUCAGCCGCUACAAAUUCUUCAACAAAUAAUGUUCGUCGUUAUACAUCAGAAAAUAAUCUUAAUGAUAUUAAUCCAUCAUCAAAAGGAAAUUUACAACAAAAAAAUUCUCGUCCACCACCUAUACAAACAACAGCAACAAUAGCAACAACAACAACAACAACAACAUCAACUGAAGAUUUAACAAAUAUUCCAUCAUGGAAAAAAUUAUCUCCACAAGCACGUCUUUCAGCUUUACUUGAUAAAACAAAUCAUACAUCAUCAUUAACAUCAAAUGGUACAAGUGCUAGCUUAAUUGAUUUAACAUCUAUUGAUAAAUUACCAUCAAAUAAACAAAUUCAAGCAGCACCAUCAUCAAGACCACGUUUUCGUUUUGUACCACCAUCAGAUAAAAAUUCUGUAUUAAAAGAAGAACCUGAACCUGAACAACAAUCAACACCAUCAAGUCAAGGAUAUGAUAAUUUUGAUAUGAAAUCUUUUUCACCAAAUCGAACUUCACUUAAUAAUAAUCAACAAUAUCAACAACAGCAGAGUAAUCUUAUGAAACCAUCGAUUAUUCAUCCAUCUCAAAUGACUCGUUCAACUCUAUUUACACAACCAGAAAACAAUAUUCAUCAUCAAAAUGGUAAUAGUGCAUUUAAACCUCAUAUAUCUCAACAAACAAAACUUGUUAAAUCACCUAUACCAUUAUCAUCAAAUCAAAUAAAUGGAAAUAAUUUACAACGUCCUAUUGUAUCAACACAAAAUAUUAUUCAUCCACUUGGUUUAACAAAUGGUAAUAAUGUUUUAUAUAAAACUCAACAGCUACAACAACAGCAACCACCACCGGUGCCUAAUGUAAAACGAACAGAAUCUGUACAUAAACCGGGUGUACAUGUUGGAAUAACCAAUCCGAAUGGUCCAUCAUCUUCGAAUGGUUUAAUAAUUCGUCAACAUCAACAAAACAUACCACAAUUUCAUCAAUCAAUGCUUAAUUUAUCUUCAAUAGGUACAUCGGAAACAACAAAUGUGACUCAAACGGGUAUAGAUAUGUUUGGUUCACGUGUAUCACUUCAAUCAGCAUCAUCAAAUUUUAUGAAACAUCCAGCUUAUACACCACAAUUAAAUAAAAUAAAUGGACAACAUCAAUAUCAUCAUCCUCCUCCGACUUCAUCAUCAUCAUCAGCAUUCAAGCCUCCUCCAUCUAUAGUUGAAGAUCCUAUUAUAAGAUGGAUUCAACAAGUUAAUAAUAGUACUACUGCUAAUAGUUUAACAACAAAUGGAGGAGGAAAUCGAUCACAACAACAACAACAACAACAAAAUUAUCCUUAUGGAUCUUAUAUUUCAACAGGUCCUGCUGGUCUUCAAUCAAAUAUGAACGGUUCAGAUCAUUCUCAUCGUCAACAAACUCAACAAUCUUAUUUAAAUCAAGUCAGUGUUCAUAAACAUCAUACACCACAACAUACAGUACCUGUUCAAUCAGCUUAUAUUGCUUCACCACCCAUAUCAAGAAAUGGUUUAACACCAUCAUUAUCAACAAAUAUUUAUCAUUUUCAUCAUCAUAAUGCCCAACAAAUUCCACCAUCAUCUGGAGGAGGAGGACAACAAAGAGCUCAUUCACAACGUCAGGAUGUUCAUUAA